GCGCCAACAGCGUCCCAACGACAACGACUCCGACGAAGACGAAAAGGAAGUCUUCAGCUCCAUUCGGUUGUGUGCCGUCGUGCGGUACGGACGUCGAUUACGGUUCGCUGGUGGUGUUUUUUUUACAGUUAUAAACAGAAUAAACAAUAACAAUUAGAAAGAAACUAGUAAAAAUUAUUAGCACGUCGCGCCAACUUUUGAUUUGUAGCGCUCCUUAGUUUGCAUUAUUUUCGAAAUUCUUCAAAUUUCGCUUGGCGCUGACAUUCGAUUUUCCAAGUGAAAAUAUUCACGCACAGACGCAGCCAACCGCAGACAGACGGCGAACGGCGAGAUGGGGUCUCAGGUACCCCAAAGCGGUGCGAACGCCGCGAGGCGAACGCUAUGGAGUGCCUCGAUGAUCUUCAAAGUGGUGGCAGUGCUACUAAUAUUGCAUGCCACAUGUGGCACCUACCACACGGCAACGGCUAAGCAAUUGAGCAAUGCCGAACUCAACAUCGACGACACCUUCGACAUUGAUGAAUUUGAGGAAGCACCAGCGGCCAAUCCAAAAAUGUUGCUGUUGCGCAACGAACGCGAUCUUGACAAUGACUCACUGCGGGAGGAGGAACUGCAGCCGAUUGCAGCCGACGAGGACAGUAGCAGCUGGCUCGUGAAGGGUGUGAAACGUGUGCGUCGUGAACUGAACCGGCUAUUCGGCAAAUCGGCUGACGAGUCCGCCACCCAACGCCGUGGUGUCAGUGCAAGCACCAAAGGCAAACGCCCGAAGCAGCAGAAGGCGCACAGUGAUGAUGGCAAAAAACAUCAUAACAAACAUCAGCUCCAUGGCAAACAUCGCGCACACCAAUUGCUGCACCGCCAACGGUCGGAUGGCAACGAACACGACAAUUCGGAGCAUCAAGGGAAGCACGUCAAGAAGUUUGCAAAGAAACACUCGAAACGGCAGAGCGACUACGAUGUUGACGGCUCUGGAGAUGGUGGCGAAGACUUUGAAGCUGCAGAGACGGAGUCGUGGCUUACAUAUUUCAUCAUUAACGAACCAUGGACCGAUGCUUUUUCAAAUUCUAACAGCAAUGAAUUCAUGGAAUUAUACCGCCAGUUGGAGGUCUCUUUCCGCGAUCUUUUCCAUGAAACGAUUAGCGAUGAAGACUUUGAUAUAACUAUAAGUUUGAAGUCAUUAAGCCCCACCACUGACAAAUUCAAAGUUUACGCCCUUGUUCAGCUGGAACUACCGGCAGGAAACACCGUUUUCAAAAGUGCCUUCGAAAAUCAAAUUAGUCGAUACCAUCGUUUGGGUGGAUUAGGCGUCGAGUCUGACGAACGCUUUUAUUUCAGGCGUGAGUCCGAAUUCCUUGAUGAAAACGAUCUUGCUCCACCAGGAGAGUAUGCAGGUGGUGAUGUAGUUUCUACUGAUAACGAUAUAGAUUGUAAUCCAGAAAUCGGAUUUACGUGUUCCGAUGGGUCGGCCAUUUCCUGUGAAAAUGUGUGUAACAGCUUCCAAGACUGUUACGAUGGUGCCGAUGAGGAUGAUGCUUACUGCCAAGCUUUGCUUGAUAAAGAAAAUAGAAAAAUUGAAGAAGCAGCAGAGCGCGAGAGAGUUGAGGACGAACGACGUCGUGCUGAAGAAGAAGCACGUCGUAAAGCUGAAGAAGAAGAACGCUUGAGAGCUGAAGCUGAAGAAGAAGAAGCACGUCGUCAAGCAGAAGAAGAGCGCUUGAGGGAGGAAGAUGAAGAAGCACGGCGUCAAGUUGAGGACGAACGACGUCGUGCUGAAGAAAAACGCUUGAGAGCUGAAGCUGAAGAAGAAGAAGCACGUCGUAAAGCUGAAGAAGAAGAUGCACGCCGUCAAGCUGAAGAAGACCGUUUGCGAGCGGAAGAAGAAGCAGCAGCACGACGUCAAGCUGCGGAUGAAGACAGAGCAAAUGAAUUGGCGGAAAAAGAAGAAGAAGAACGACGACAAGAGGAGGAGGAGCAGCGUCGUCGAGAAGAGGCAGAAGAAAACGCAUAUUUUGGCGGAGAAGACGUUGCUACACCACAUCCAGAAGAAGAGGAAUAUGAUGAGUAUGCGCGUCAGCGUGCUGAUGAUGAGCGUAAACGUAUUGAAGAAGAAGAAGAGGCUCAACGUCUUGCUGUAGAACGGCGUCAAAAAGAGGAAGAGGCACAUCGUCAAGCUGAAGAAAAGCGUCAACAAGACGAUGAACGUCGUCGAUUGCAAUAUGAAGAAUUUGAACGGCGUCGUGUUGAGAAAGAACGUGCUGAAGAAGAACGCAGACUGGCUGAAGAAGCAGAAGAACAAGCAAAAGCUGAAUAUGAGGAAGAGCAGCGUCGUCUAGCUGGCGAAGGACGAGAACCCGAAGAAGAAGAAGAAGUACUCGUAUCGCCCACAGAAGCGCCUGAAGUCGACAACGACGGCCUUAAUGAUGUCUUCGACGAGGGUUCCGGAGAUGAUUAUGGCAUAUCAACCGAUCGUUCGACAGUCUUCAUAGAAGAAGGUUGCCGUGGUGAUGCCACAUAUACUUGUUACCAUUCUAACAGGCAAAUCUGCGAUGAACAACGCUGUGACGGUCGUGAAGACUGUCCCGACGGUGAAGACGAAGCGGAUUGUGACUUUAUUGCUGGCGGAGUUGAUGGCAAUGGUGGCAACGUUGGGGGCGUAGGAGUAGAUGUGCCCGUUAGAGAAGAUGAUGGAGACGACAUAAAUGAGUGUAACGAUUCUCAAUUCAAAUGUGACGGCAAUUGCUUGUCGCUGGAUCUCAAGUGCGAUGGCGUGGAGGACUGCGUUGACGCCACCGACGAGUUGGACUGUCCCGGUAUUGAACCAGAUGUAUGCCAACCAAAUGAGUACAGAUGUCGCGCUGGCAACUGCAUUCCCAGUGAACGUCGCUGUGACGGCGUACCUGACUGCUCCGAUCGUGAUGAUGAAGACGCCAGCUGCCUUAUCGCCUGUCGCGAAGACGAGUACCUUUGCAAGGACGGCAUGCGCUGCAUUAGCAAUUCGAAGGUCUGCGAUCGUGUCAGCGAUUGUGUAGACGCCGACGACGAAGAUGAAUGUGAAGGCAGUGGUGAGUCUUCAUGCAGAUACAAUGAGUUCCAAUGCGGUAACGGUCAGUGCAUACCGAUGCGUGAGUUAUGCGAUAAUAUCUAUGAUUGUGUAGAUUAUUCCGAUGAAUUGGACUGCGACGUUGAGGACAUCGGACGCAAUAUCUUCGACGAAGAUGAAAUCAUACGCGAAUAUGCGCCACACAACCACAGAACUAUGUCCACGGAAGCGCCCGUGCUGGAGGGUCUGGACGCCAAGGAGUACUACCUUUACAAUUCGGCGCUCUAUCAAAAGUCGAACGCGCAGCACACGUGCAAUGAGCGACAAUUCGAGUGUGGCAACAAGGUUUGCAUACCGCUGCACCUGCGCUGUGACGGCUUCUACCACUGCAACGAUCUGACGGACGAGUUUGGCUGCGAUCAAUACAGAACUGAGAAGCGACGCACGACUCCGCCGCCAUCGAAUCUGGUGCGCACCACACACCUGCCCUGGUGGAAUACCACUGCCGCCACCACAACGACGACAACAGCGGCGGCGACGACCAGCAGACCCCGUGUAACAACAGCAGCAACGGACGCAAAACCGACAAAUAUUGUCACACCCGUAGUACCCAGCUACAACAAUAACACUUGCCUCGAAAAUCUUGAGUUUGCGUGCCGCAAUGGCGAUUGCAUACCGAUCGAGAGCGUUUGUGACGGCGCCGCCGAUUGUCAGUCACGCGAAGACGAAGACUACAGCUUAUGCAACUGCAGCAGCGAUAAGUGGAGGUGUUUGCGCGGCGGCGGUUGCAUAGCCAAAACUCAAGUCUGCGACGGCAAGCGACAAUGUAAGGAUGGCAGCGACGAGACUAAUUGCCAUUUUCAUGCUAAGUAUAAUAAGACGCGCAUUGUGAAUGAAUGCCAUAGCUUUCAGUAUCAAUGCGCCGAUGGUAUCUGCAUUUCGGCCUACAAACGGUGCAACGGCAUAACCGAUUGUGUUGACGGUUCCGACGAAAAUAAUUGCCCGUUAAAUUAUGAUGACUCAACUUACGAUUUCGAACCAGAGACCGCGCUCGGCGGAUGCGAUAUCUACGAAUUUGAGUGCGAUUACUCGCGUUGUAUACCGAUUGAGAAGAAAUGCGACGGUUAUCCGGAUUGCGAUGACGAAACUGAUGAAUUAGAAUGUCCGCCGUUUACAGAGCAUUGCCACGAAAACGAAUUCGAAUGCGAUGAAAAUUAUUGUAUACUACGCGAUCAACAAUGCAACGGUGUAGUCAAUUGCAAUGAUGGAACCGAUGAACAAAAUUGCACAUUUUGUCGCGACAAAGCUUUUCUCUGCCGCACCGGCGAAUGCGUUUUGCCACAACUGCGCUGCAAUGGCCACGCCGAUUGCAUCGAUGCCAGCGAUGAGCAGAAUUGCGGACGAACAACAACAACAACAGAGAAAAUCGAUUGUCCAACACUGAAAUUCCUGUGUAACAGCACCUGCGUCGAUUGGAGUCUAUAUUGCAAUGGUAAAAUCGACUGUGACGACGGGCAGGAUGAGAAAGACUGCGAUGAACAUGAGAACGAAUUAAUAGCAUAUGUGUCGAAUAAGACCUGCCAAGCCUACCAGUGGCAAUGCGGCAACUACGAAUGCAUUAACAAAAUUUACCUCUGCGACGGGCACGCCCAUUGCACGGACGGAUCGGACGAGUCGUCCAAGCAAUGCAGUAAAAAGGUUGCCACGCGCCACACUCCAGAGGAUUGCACGGCCGAGCAGCACUUUUGCGACGACGAAUGUCAUUCGGGUUCGAUACGUUGCAACAACGUCAGCGAGUGCACCGACGGCAGCGACGAGCUCAAUUGUUCACCAUAUCCGACCGCACGCCCACGACCACUGCCCACCUACCCAUGCCCGAUACACACGUGCCCGAACGGCAAAUGCUACUCGGAGAGCGAACGUUGCGAUGGCUCACGCGACUGCGACGACGGUGCCGAUGAGGCGAACUGUUGCGCUUACAAUCAGUUCCGCUGUAACAAUGGUGACUGCGUUUCGGGCAACGCUCAGUGCAACAGUUAUCGCGACUGCCGUGACGGUUCGGACGAGGAGCAAUGUUCGGAGCCCGCCUAUGGAGUGGCUUGCACCAGCUCGCAGUUCCGCUGCAACAAUGGACAGUGCAUUAAUGCGGCGGCGCGUUGCGAUGGCUACACCGAUUGCGCGGACAGUUCCGAUGAGACUUCGUGCAGACCGCAGUACGCGCCCGCAGCUCCAGAACUCAACUUGAAGACCUACCCCGAAAGCCAGAUUAUUAAAGAAAGUCGCGAGGUUAUCUUCCGUUGUCGUGACGAAGGCCCACAGCGCGCACGUGUCAAAUGGACACGCCCUGGAGGUCGCCCCCUGCCGAUCGGCUCACGAGACAAUGGCGAUGGGCGCUUGGAAAUUCCCAACAUCCGCGUUGAGGACUCUGGUCAAUAUAUCUGUGAAGCUGCAGGCUUUCCCCGUCACGUAUCUGGACAACAAGUAACCGUACACCUGACAGUGGAGAAAUUGAAUCCCGACAACGAACGUCCACCAACAGCUUGCCGCGCCUAUCAGGCCACCUGCCGUGACAACACAUGUAUCGAUAAAUCACAAAUUUGCGACGGUACUCCGCACUGUGCGGACGGUUCCGAUGAGGAGAGCUGUAGUCACGGUCUCAAGUGCCAGCCCAAUCAGUUUAUGUGCCGCAACUCGCGUUGUAUUGAUCGCAUCUGGCGUUGUGACGGCGAGGAUGAUUGCUUCGAUAAUUCCGAUGAGGACAGUUGCGACCCUGAACCAAGUGGUGCUCCAUGUCGCUACGAUGAAUUCCAAUGUCGCAGCGGCCAUUGCAUUCCCAAGAACUUCCAAUGUGAUGACACAAAUGAUUGUAUGGAUGGUAGCGAUGAAAUCGGCUGCAUGGCUCCUGCUCCAAUUCGACCACCGCCUCCAUAUGUUCGUUUGCAAUCGGGCGAUCCCUUGAAUAUUACCUGUGUGGGUACCGGUGUGCCAGUGCCUCUCAUCGUUUGGCGUCUGAACUGGGGUCACGUACCUGAAAAGUGUAUCUCGAAGAAUUAUGGUGGCACAGCAACACUAUAUUGCCCCAAUAUGGAAUCAGUUGACCAAGGCGCAUACUCUUGCGAAAUACUCAAUCCGAAAGGUCGCAUUUUCGUUACACCUGACACACAAGUGACAGUCGUCUCUGAACCAAAUUUGGAUGUCUGCCCAUCUGGCUUCUUCAAUAUGCUCGCUCGCAGUCCAACUGAUUGCAUCGACUGUUUCUGCUUUGGCAUAACCAAGAAUUGCAAGAGUGCCAAUCUCUACAAUUUUGCCAUCCAACCACCAAUUUCUUCACACAAGGUCAAGAACGUAGAAUUAAAUGCAUAUGGCGACAUUAUCAUCAACGAGGUACCAGUUCCCAAUAUCCUCCUCCGUCAUCAUGGCGUACAAUUCCGUGCAUCCGAUGUCGGUUAUAACAACCGUGAACAGCCAUACUUGGCACUGCCUAAUGAGUAUAUGGGCAACCAGUUAAAAUCGUAUGGUGGCUAUCUGCGCUAUGAAGUCAACUAUAUUGGCAACGGUCGCUCCAACAAGGCACCUGAUGUUAUAAUCACUGGCAAUGGUCUUACACUCACACAGCGCGUGCUCAACCAGCCCGAACCCAAUGUGAAUAACAACGUUGCUGUACAAUUCAGUCCCGGUAAUUGGUACAAAACUGAUGGACGCCGUGCCACACGUGGGGAGGUCAUGAUGGUUCUAGCUAAUGUGGACAACAUUCUCAUUCGUUUGAGCUAUGUUGAUGUCACCGAGCGUGAGGUAGAGCUUACAAACAUUGUUAUGGACUCGGCUGGUCUUGAGGAUCAAGGUUUAGGCUCGGCUUCAUUGGUCGAGAAAUGUGCGUGCCCAUCUGGCUAUGUUGGUGACUCCUGCGAAUCUUGUGCCCCUGGUUACGUACGUGAGAAAUACGGGCCUUGGUUGGGUCGCUGUGUACCUUUCGUACCAGAACCUUGCCAACCAGGUACCUAUGGCGACCCAGCUCGUGGUUUACCUUGUCGCCCAUGCCCAUGCCCACAAACUGGUUCAAGCAACUUUGCCAGUGGCUGUCAGUUGAGUCCCGAUAAUGACGUAACUUGUAACUGCAAUGAGGGAUACACAGGCAGACGCUGUGAGAUUUGUGCGGAUGGCUAUCAAGGCAAUCCACUGAUUCCAGGCGGCAGUUGCCAUCCAAUUCCAGAGAGCACCUGCAAUGCUGAAGGCACUUACUAUCCACAUCCCAACGGCACAUGUGAGUGCAAGCCGCUAGUUACCGGCCCACGUUGUGACACCUGUGCUCCAGAAUCCUUCCAUUUGAACAGUUUCACAUACACCGGCUGCAUUGAAUGCUUCUGCAGCGGUCUGACAAAACAAUGUUCCAGCAGCAGUUGGUACCGCGAUCAGAUUUCUUCAAGCUUUGGACGUUCAGGCGCCCCACAUGGUUUCGCGUUGAUUCGUGACUAUAAGGCCGAACAGCCAUCUCAAGUUAGUUUCCAACAAUAUAAUAGCGCUCUGACAUUCUCCCAACAGUCGUCCCCCGAUCCACUAUAUUGGAGUCUACCAGCACCAUUCCUUGGUGACAAGAUCUCCGCCUAUGGUGGCAAAUUAUCCUAUAACCUCAGCUACAACCCACUGCCAGGUGGACUUAUGUCCCGUAACACAGCUCCCGAUGUUGUCAUUACGGGUGAAGAUAUAACGAUUAUUCACUACCGUAAAGCCGGUGUGAACCCCAAUCAACCCAGUUCGUACUCCGUGCCGAUGAUUGAAAGCGCCUGGCAACGACCUGACGGACAAGUGGUCAACCGUGAACACUUGCUGAUGGCACUUUCGAAAAUUGAUGCGAUCUACAUCAAGGCCACCUACACCACCAGCACCAAAGACGGCCAGUUGACGCAAGUUUCAUUGGACAUUGCCACAAAGAAUAAUAUCGGAACUCAGCGAGCCUACGAAGUGGAAGAAUGCCGCUGCCCAGUUGGCUAUAUUGGAUUAUCUUGUGAACGUUGUGCGCCUGGCUAUAAACGCGUCACCGAAGAAGGACUUUACUUAGGCGUUUGCGCACCGUGCGAAUGCAAUGGCCACUCAGAUCAAUGUGACGCCGAAACCGGCACAUGUAUUAAUUGUGAACACAAUACCGCUGGUGAAUUCUGCGAUCGCUGUGCUCCAGGUUACAGCGGCAAUGCCUCUGGUGGGCAACCAAACGACUGCUCACCUGAUUACGGCCAACCAGCCCCCGGCAACCAGACAAUUGAAUGCGCCUACUGCAACCGUGACGGUACCGCCUCUUGCAGUGGCAACUAUUGCGCCUGCAAACCCAAUGUCGUCGGUCAAUACUGUGAUCAGUGCCGAUCGGGCACUUAUGGUCUAUCAGAGCGCAAUCCUGAUGGCUGCGAGGAGUGUUAUUGCUCUGGCAAGAGCACAAAGUGCAACUCGGCUGUUUUGUACCGCCAACUUAUACCUGUCGAUUUCAUCCUCUCCAAUCCGCUGCUCACUGAUGAAGAGGGUAGCAUAGUAGAUGAGGAAAAUAUAAGCUUUGACCUACCAACAAACAUGUACACCUACAACUACAUCUCAUAUACACAAAAGUACUGGAGUAUACGCGGUUCAGUGCUGGGCAACCAACUCUACUCAUAUGGCGGGCAUCUGUCAUAUAAGCUGGAUGUAGAGAGUUACGGUGAUAGUGUUUCCGGUAGUGAUGUUAUACUCAUUGGUAACGGCAUGAAAUUGGUCUGGUCCAGACCAAGCGAGGAGCAAGACAAUAGCGAAUAUCGUGUACGCUUGCAUGAAGACGAAAAUUGGCAACGCAAGGAGUUCGGCCGCUCUGUAAAUGCCGGGCGUUUGGACUUCAUGAGCGUGCUAUCCAACUUGGAGCACAUUCUUAUACGCGCCACACCCAAGAUACCAACCACACGCACAAGCAUACGCGACGUAAUACUGGAAUCGGCCGUCGAACAUCGCACACCCGAUGCACAGCAAGCCAUCGAAGUGGAAGUCUGCGCCUGUCCGGCCGGCUAUGCGGGUACCUCCUGCGAGUCGUGCGAACCGCUGUAUUACAAGGACAACUACGGCAGAUGCGUCUCCUGCCCUUGCCGUGAAGACACCACCGACUCCUGUUUACUGCACAACGGCGAAGUGAACUGCAGAUGCAAACCGGGUUACUCCGGUCAACAAUGUCAGAUAGAUGAUGGCUACAACCGUCCAGAGCCACCAAGGCCGGUGCCGCAACAACGGCCCGAUUAUCUAACGAAGAUCACCGUCUCGAUUGCGCCGCCUGAAAUCAGCAUCAUACCGAUCGGUGGCUCAUUGACGUUGUCCUGCUCCGGCAAAAUGGCUUGGAAUGGCGUGCCCGUUUUAGUGUCAUGGUUCAAACAGGGCGGUCGCCUGCCUAACAGCGCCGAGGAGGAUGGCGGCGUAUUGCGCUUAUAUAAUUUACAAAUCUAUGACUCCGGUGUGUACGUCUGUCGUGCAGUGAAUAAUGAGACGAAACGCGUUUUUGAAGAUCAGGUAUCCAUUACCAUAACAGAGGAUUCACAACGAACACCGCCUCAGAUCAUCAACUUGCCGCAAGUGGUCACAUUCGAAGAAUACCAACGCAAUGAAAUCUACUGCGAGGUGAGUGGAUAUCCAACACCUGCCGUCACAUGGACCCGUGUCGAUGGACGUAUGUCGCCUGAAGCGCGAACGGAAGAUACACGCUUAAUCUUUGAGGCGCCACGCAAAUCUGACGAAGGCAAUUACCGCUGUGAGGCCUCCAACGAAAUGGGAAACGAUCAGAAGUACACACAGAUUUAUGUACGCAUCGCGCCACCAGUAGCACCACAGCCACCUCGCGAACUUAUUUACAUUGACCCGCCUUCAUAUACCGGCGAGGCGGGACGUCCUGUACGUCUCACCUGCCAACCGACUACAUCUAUCUCGCUCACCUAUCAGUGGAACAAAGACGGUUAUCCACUGUAUCGCCAACGUAAUAUCAUCAUCAAUGGAAAUGUCAUUGAAAUACGUGACUCCACGCCACGCGAUUCCGGUCUCUAUACUUGCAUCGGCAUUGAUUUGCGCGGUCGACGCAACUACACGAAUGAUGCACAAGUAUUGAUCGAAGAGAGUGGCGGACCGGGACCGGGACCGUAUCCAGGACCACAACCGGGCACUAUCGAGCCCACUGUAAAACGCUUGCCAGAUCAAAACCGCAUCAUACAAGGACAAGAUUUCUCCAUCACCUGUGAGGCCACCGGCUCGCCGUACCCCAGCAUAAAAUGGACCAAGGUUCACGAAGCGCUUGGUGACAAUGUACAGCAAUCCGGCAACGUUCUGCGCAUUAUUAAUGCGCGUCCUGACAACCGCGGCAUGUACGUGUGUGUCGCCGAGAGUAUUGCGGGCUCUGAUGAAUCGAACACUAUUAUCGACGUUGAACCACGAGAAAGCCCCACCGUAGACGUUCACCCGCCCGGUCCGCAAUCGGUCACAGUGGGCACGGAAGCUAUGCUUUACUGCAGUGCAAAUGGUAUUCCCGAUCCCAGUGUACAGUGGCGCCGCGUGGAUGGCAAACCCCUAUCGCCGCGCUGUCAGGAAAUCAGCCCCGGUUACAUAAUGAUUCGUGAAAUUCAAUUGGAAGACUCCGGCGAUUACGAAUGUGUCGCGCAGAACGAUGUGGGACGUGUGACCGCUGUGCAGAAGGUAAUCGUUAUGCUGGCACCCGUAAUCACACUUGAGCCAAAUGUUGAAUAUUUGAGCUUAACUGAAGGUGAUGAUUUCAAAGUGACUUGCAGCGCUACUGGCGUACCCAGUCCCAUCGUUCAGUGGGUAGCUGAGGACACCGAGUUUGACCGCAGUUUCCCACCCAGCACGCAGUACAACCAAGCCUUCCUGGAGAAGUACCGUGUCGACCGCAAUGACGCCAAAACAUACAAGUGCAUAGCGAGCAAUGAAGCUGGCACCGCUGAGAGCUCAGUGACCGUAGAUAUACGCCCACGUCGCGGCGAUGCACCAAACGAUGGUGAUGUGAUUCGUAAUCCUUAUUCAAUUUAUGCACGCCCGCCAACCUAUGACCCACCACAGAACGUUUAUCGCGCCAAUAAAGGUGAAGACGUGAAUCUAACGUGCGAUCUUGGACCUGAAUGGAUGACAAGUUGGCAACGGGAAGAUGGCCGUCCACUGCCACCAAACUCUUACUUAAAUCAAGGUAGCUUGAUGAUUCAAAAAGUGGAGGAGCAAAACAGCGGCAAAUACAUCUGCAAUGCGUUGGACAACCGCGGCACCAUUGUAGCAUACCUUAUCGCUGAGCUGAUCCUUGUGCCCAUUCCGCACAUCACCUUCCAUCCGAAUAUACCGAUUUCAGUGACGGUUAAUGACAACAUCGACAUCUAUUGCGAAGUAACUGGCGAGCAACCGAUCGAGGUGUCAUGGCACACGGAUCACAACCGCCCAUUAACGAACAACGCACGCAUCGAAGGACAGUACCUACGCUUCAACGGCAUUACGCCAGCUGAUGCCGGUCGUUACUACUGCUCGGCUUCCAAUCGCUACGGCAACACCACGAAAAUGGCCGAAGUUAUAGUUAACCGUCGAGGUGGCUACGUGCCAUCACCACGUGCGCAGGAUUACAACAUACGCGAGGGUGAGGACGUAACACUAGAGUGUGAUGUGCACUCCGUACGCGAACCGAUACGUGGUGAAAUCAAAUACGAAUGGCAUCGUGAAGAUGGACGCCCACUGCCACGCAACGCUUUAAUACGCGAUCAACGACUCUAUCUUCGCGGUGUACAGAAGUCGGAUGAAGGCCGCUACGUUUGCGAGUCUUAUACGACGGCCGGCGGUUACUCACCACCAUCUGUUGUACAACUGAAUAUCAAGAGAGGUUACAGCAUAAGUGAGGUCCCCUGCGUCGUAUUCUAUAUCUGUACAGAUUUCAAAGCACCCAAAGCGAUCGUCUCCAAGCCGCCCACACGCCUCUCUUACACUUGCCAGCCGAACGACUUCAAGUGCGUCUCGCAUCCGCACACCUGCAUCAAGGCGUCGAUGGUGUGCGACGGCAUACACGACUGCACCGAUCAUUCGGACGAGUUCAAUUGCACACCGCCACAGGCGCUCUCCACCGCGGCGACAGCACAGACGGUAACGCCACCUACACCAACACCGCUGCCACCGCCGAUGAGUGUGCUGCCAUCGAAAAAGUCGGCGCCUACACUGAAACCGUCGCCGAAGCCAUCGCAGAAACCGAGCUACAAGCGCUGGAAGAAGCGACACAGCAGCCAUAGCAGCCACAAGGAGCGGCGCAACAACCGCACGCACACACACAAGCGCAAACAGCGACUGCGGCUGAAAAAGCGACGCCACCUGCUGCCGACGACCAUUUUCCGUCCAUUCGCAGCGGCAGUGCCAACACUUCGUUUGCCCCAACUACCACAACCAUUACCGGAGCUCUCCACCCCACCUCCACCACCGCAGACCCAUCCACGCGACCGCAGUCUGAAGCUAGAUCAGCAGUCGUCGCAAUUGCGCGUCGGCGAGUCAACAGAGGUCGAGUGUUACUCCUCGGACAGCAGCUACACGGAUGUCGUUUGGGAACGCGCCGAUGGCUUGCCACUACCAUCAAACAUACAGCAAAUCGGCAAUCGUCUCGUGAUCUCGCAUGUCUCCGCCUCUGACGCUGGUGACUACCGCUGCAAGUGUAAGACCGACGAGGGCGAACUCUACACCACCAGCUACACGCUAGGUAUCGAAGAGUGGCCGCACGAAUGGAAACGUCCGAAGUUGGUACAUGCGAACGUUGGCUCCUCCGCCCAGCUGAACUGCGAUGCCGAUGUACCCGGCAGUUAUCGUUGGUCUCGCCAAUACGGUCAAAUGCAAAGUGAUCGCGAUCUGUACAAUGAACGCCUAGAAUUACAGGAUGUGCAAGCAAAUGAUGCCGGCACCUACAUUUGCACGUCAAGCACACCAGACGGACAGUCAGUGGAUUAUCCCGUUAUACUAGUGGUCACCGGUGCGAUACCACGUUUCCACCAGGAGCCCAUCAGCUACAUGUCUUUCCCCACAUUGCCCGAAUCGUACAUCAAGUUCAACUUUGACAUUACAUUCCGCCCCGAGCAGGCCGAUGGUCUGUUGCUGUUCAACGGUCAGAAGCGCGGUAGCGGUGACUACAUUUCCCUCUCGCUAAAGGAUCGCUAUCCCGAAUUCCGUUUUGAUUUCGACGGCAAACCAAUGGUCAUACGUUCCGAGCGCCCAGUUUCACUCAACGAAUGGCACACAGUGCGCGUGAAUCGUUUCCGUCGCGAUGGCUACAUACAGGUCGACGACCAACAUCCAGUCGCCUUCCCCACACUAGCGCAAAUCUCACCAUUGGAUCUCAUCGAAGACUUGUACAUCGGUGGAGUGCCGAACUGGGAUAUGUUGCCGCAUGACGCUAUCGACCAGAAAGUUGGUUUCGUUGGUUGCAUUAGUCGCCUUACUCUUCAAGGCACCAUUGUCGAGUUGAUGAAGGAGGCGAAACUAAAGGAGGGUGUCACCGCGUGUCGUCCAUGUCAAGAAAAUCCUUGCGAGAACGGCGGUAUCUGUCUUGAGAGCCAAACAGAAGUGGCGUACACAUGCAUCUGUCAGCAGGGCUGGACCGGACACAACUGUGGCGUUGAAGGUACGCAAUGCACUCCGGGUAUUUGUGGCAGCGGACGUUGUGAGAACACCGAAACCGGCAUGGAAUGCCUCUGUCCGUUGAACAAGACCGGCGAUCGUUGCCAGUAUAUUGAGCACUUGAAUGAGAACAGCUUGGCAUUCAAGCUCAACAGCUAUGCAGCCUAUCCUUCGCCACGCGCCUCCAAACUGAAUGUGAAAUUCAAGGUUAGACCAAAUUCCCUACAGGAUGCAAUACUACUGUACGCAGCCGAAUCCAAACUGCCCAGCGGCGACUUCAUUGCUGUACUGCUGCGCGACAAACACGUUGAGUUGAUUAUCAACACCGGCGCACGCCUGAACCCUGUGUUGGUGCGUUCACAGAAUCCAUUACCAGUAAACAAAUGGACCGAAAUCGAGGUAUCCCGUCGCUUCGGCGAAGGCAUCUUACGUGUUGGCAAUGAACCGGAGCAACGUGCCAAGGCAACGAAGUUGGCGCGCAUGCUGUACAUAAAAACUCCGCUAUACGUGGGCGGCUAUGAUCAUGAAAAUGUCAAACUCAACCGCGACGUAAACAUUACACAAGGCUUCGAUGGCUGCAUUUCUGGCUUGUUCGAGGGUCAACGUCAAAUCCACCUCAUUGCCGAUGUUGUGGACGCAGCCAACAUCCAGAACUGUGGCGAAAUCAACGAGAUCGAUCAGAAUGAGUCCUUCGACAACUUCGAGCAGGAUGCCACAAAGCUCCAGCCAGCGACGGGCACACAGAGCAAAGCACAAAUUGAUAAGAUGGACCAACAAGUAGACGCUUGCGCCAGUGACCCCUGUGAAAAUGGCGGCAGCUGUAGCGUACAUGAUGGCGAAGCAGUUUGUGCGUGCCCAAUUGGCUUCACCGGCAAACAUUGCGAAGAACACAUAACUCUCGUAUAUGACGCCAAUUUCCAUGGCAACGGCUAUCUGGAGAUCAACCGUGAUCAAUUCAACUCGGACGUCGAACAAAAAUACUCAUUCGCAGCGAUGGUUUUCUCCACAACCGAUCCCAAUGGCCUGCUACUCUGGUGGGGCCAGAAGAAGGACGAGGAAUAUACGGGACAGGACUUCAUGGCGUUGGCCAUAGUUGAUGGCACCGUGGAAUUCUCGUUCCGUCUCAACGGCGAGGAAACCGUCAUACGCAAUCCGGACAAGCGCAUCGACGAUGGCGGACGUCACAUUGUUUUGAUUAAGCGCACGGACAACACUGCCGUACUGGAGUUGGAUCACCUGUUGGAUGCGGGCGAAACACGUCCCACCGGCAAGGACCAAAUGAGCCUACCGGGACAUGUGUUCAUUGGUGGCACGCCAGACGUAGCCAAAUUCACGGGCGGCCGCUACACCAAGAACUUCAACGGUUGCGUGCGCGUCGUGGAGGGUGAAGCGCGAGGCAUCAUACAGCUGGGCACUGCGGCCAUCAGCGGCCAAAAUGUGGAUACGUGUCCGCAAGCCGACGAUGAACCGCUUGGCACCGAACCACCAGUCGUUUGAGCAUAGCUUUUACAAUUAUAUAUAAUAUACAUAUUUUUUUAUAAAUACAAAUUGUUCUUAAGUUACAACAACAAAUCACACACACACACUCACACGAACAAGCAAAUGAACGGAUGUGGCAGCGGAAAUGCAGUUGUCUUCGAGAAGUACGAAACCAAUCGCCGCAUUACUGCUUUGCCUCUGCACUCUUCUUGUAAUAAAUCUUAACUUAAGCGCACUAAUAACUUUAUAACGAAAAAGUUAAUUGUAAUGAAAUAAUGUGUCAUAUAUUUUGCAAUAAUUUCUUAAACAUAAGUCUAAUAUUUUUUAAAGUGUUGAAGAGUAAGGAGAAUGGGAAAUUCCAAACGCCAAAUAGUCGACUACAUUCAAAAACUGCCCUUUCGGAGAUUUUUUUUCAGUUGCAUUUAAAUUAAAAUUGUAGAGAAACUAACCAAACUCACCACUAAUGUCAGCACACAACUCACCACUUCGCUUA